AUGGUGCAACCCUCCUCACCGCCCUUUGACUUGUCUCGACCUGCCUUCCAGGCUAUAGCCAAGUACAGAGCUGGAAUUGUACCUAUUCUCUACAGAAAGGUGACAUGCAAGAGAAGGGGAGGCUUCAGAUUUACCAUCAAUGGAGGGAGCUACUUUGAGCCGGUGCUUAUAUCAAAUGUCGGGGGAGCUGGAGAUCAGAUCUCUAAGGCAUGGAUCAAAGGGUCUAAAUCCAAUAAAUGGGAAGCCAUGACAAGAAAUUGGGGUGCCAAUUGGCAGGGCCUAAGCUAUCUAAAUGGUCAGAGCCUGUCCUUCAAACUCCAAACCAGUGAUUGGAAGAUCGUAACAGCCCUCAACGUGGUUCCCUCAAACUGGGCAUUCGGGCAGUCCUUCAGAAGCAAUGUUCAAAUUCACGCAUAG